AUGAUUUCCCGCCCCUUUACCCAGACGCUUGGUCGACGUUUGAAGCAGGUCGCAACCUGGCUUGCUCCUCCGCCGCAAAAAUCGGAAGAUGGGCGAGACCAGUGGCCUUCUCGAGCGGCUUUUCUGCUGGCUGCCAUGGGUGGCUGCGCCGGCCAAGGAAACCUCCUGCGAUACCCCUCGGUCGUCUACAACAACUACGGUCUGCAGUGGUUUAUUCCAUAUCUGCUAGCUGUCUUUGCAGUCGCUAUUCCGGCCCUGAUUCUGGAGAUCUCGAUCGGUCAGGCAUAUCGUGGAGGAACGGUUAUCGCAUUUAAUAAUAUCAACCGGCGACUGAAGGGUGUGGGCAUUGGACCGGUUUUGGUCAGUUUUAUUGUGACGCAAUAUUUCACAGUGAAUCUGGCAUGGAUCAUGAAUUACUUUCGCAACUCAUUCACCAGCCCCCUGCCGUGGGAAGGUCGCAUCGAGGAGUUCUACAUGGGUGACGUGGUCGCCAAUCCCGAUCCCAUUGCGGGCAGCCUGACCGACGGGAACAAGGGAGUCGCCGCGUAUACGCAAUACCCAUCGGUGGGCCUCCUCGGCGAGACAGUCGGAUGGAGCGCCUUUAUCUGGUUCCUGAUCUGGAUUUCCAUCUUUCGUGGUGUCGGCAUGACCGGUCGCGUUGUCUACUGGACCAUGGGUCUUCCGAUCGUCACUACGAUCAUCCUAGUCGGCCGUGCGUGCUCCCUCGAAAAUGCCCGCGAAGGCGUGAAAUUGCUCUGGGCGACCUGGCGUGGCGGGCAGCUUGCCUCGGGCACUGUCUGGCAGACGGCCGUCGGACAGGUCUUUUUUUCAACCGGCAUCGGCUUCGGUUAUUUCACCUCAUAUGCGUCAUAUAACGCUAAGCAUUCGAAUGCCGUCAUGGACGCGGUUCUCAUUUGUGGCAGUAACGUGCUGUUCGAGAACUUUGCUGCUUUCGCCGUGUUUGGCGUCGUUGGAUACCUCCGCCGUUGGCCUCAAGACGGAGAGCGACUGGGCGCGUUCGUCGUCGGUUUCCUCACGCUGCCUGAAGCCGUGAUUCAUAUGCCUGGGGCGAACUGGUGGGCUAUCCUCUUGUUCUUCACGCUGGUUGUGCUCGGAUUCAGUUCUGCUUUCGUGAUGCUGGACGCCUGUGCCACGCUGGCCGUCGACGCCGGUGUCAAGCUGCCUCGACCGGUCAUUGUGACUUCCCUCACCAUCAUCUCCUUCCUCAUGUGUUUACCCUACUGUACGGAAUUUGGUUUCUAUCUUCUAGACGGAAUUGAUCGCUGGAUCAACAACAUCUGCCUCAUCUUUGUCGUCUGGUCCGAGCUUGUCAGCGCCACUACAGUCUACCGCUGGCAAGACGUUGUCAGUCAGACCGGACUUCCUGCCUUUCUGUUGUACAACUUCGGUUACUUUGGUGGACAGAUCGUUGGUGUUGCCGUCGCCCAUGGCGUGGAAAUGCCAGAGGCCGGCGCCGGCGCCGGCUUCGGUCUAUACAUUGUUUGCACCAUCGCCUCAGUCUUCCUCGCCUCGACUCCAACUAUCAAAGCAGCCAGCUUCUGGGGUCGGAAUCCCUUCCUCAGCCGAUUCUGGUAUCUGGCAAACUACUCCGGCAACCAACUCCGCCGCGACCUAAACGCUCACGUCGGUGGAAACGGCAACUGGAACAUCCCUCGCUUCUGGCCGGUACUGCUCCGGUACGUCAGCGCGCCCAUCCUCGCCAUCAUCUUCAGUUUCGCGUAUCCCGAGUUCCACACCCUGCGCUACGACCCCAUGAUGAUUGCGGGUUUCAUCCUGGCGCAUUUAUGCCUCGUCGCUAUUCUUCUCGGGUUUGUGCUGCCGCGGUACUAUGACGUGUUCAUUCCGCCGGCUAGGCGCGCCGAUGGCACGGAGCCUACUGUUGCUGGGCAGCCGAAGACGGAGGACUCUGGGUUGUCUGUUUCGGGGCCGUUCGACUUCGAAUCGGGAUUGCAGGAGACGGAGAGGUGGAAGGGAGAAGGCGAGUAUCGAGUGACUGGGAACCAUCCGUUGGGGGCGAGGAAUUUGGAUUAA